AAUUACCUUUCCUCGCCUGUUACACUCUUAAAGAUGCGACAGACGAAUUUAUGCGGCAUUGCCGGAUGGCAUCCGGAAUGGUUACAGAAAUUCGCGAAUGUAAAAGUCUUUCUGAUCAUCUAUGGACUGUUGGGCACGACACAAGGAAUGGCAUUUUACUAUUUUAACGUCACUUUAACGACAAUCGAAAAAAGAUUCAAAAUUCCCAGCGGCACCACAGGUAUCAUCUUAAGUGGAAACGAAUUGUCUCAGAUAAUGCUAUCACUGAUUCUUUCUUACGUGGGCGGCCAAAGAAACCGACCCAAGUGGAUUUCGUGGGGAAUGAUAUUUUGUUCAAUGUCUUGCUUCAUACUGGCAUUGCCACAUUUCAUUUACGGUCCCGGUGACGAUGCUAUGCGCUUGACUCAAGAGUAUUUGAACGAAUAUCACAACAGCACCUUGGUGGACUCGCCGAGCAGUCAGCGAGAUAAAUUAUGUUUAGGAAUUACAAUAACCGAAUCGUGCGAUGAACUGUUUAGCAUAGUCCCAUUGCUCUUACUGUAUCUGUCGCAGUUUGUAUUGGGAAUCGGACAAACAUUGUACCUUAGUCUCGGUCAACCUUAUAUCGAUGAUAAUACACGGCGAACGAAUACACCGAUGAUGUUGGCUUAUGCAAUGUCGCUUCGGAUGUGUGGACCGGUUGCCGGUUACGUAUUGGGAUAUUUAACACUAAAAUUGUAUAUAGAUCCAACGAAAACACCGCUCAUUGACACCAACGAUCCCAGAUGGCUGGGUGCCUGGUGGGUUGGAUGGAUUUUUCUGGGAAUACCAAUGUUGGUAUUUUCACUUUUAGUUCGAAUGUUCCCGCGACGAAUAGAUAGAAAACACAUUAACCAACUGGACAGAAUAAGUGAGGAGGAACCGCUGAAACAUGAUCAAUUGAAUGAAGAUGCAGAGAUGCAGAGUGACAAUUUUCCGAAGUUGAAAGAAUUUCUAAAAGCUCUGGCUGGACUACUGAAAAAUAAACUUUUAAUGUUUAACAUCAUGGCCUCAGUGUUCUACAUACUGGGCUUUAUAGGUUACACAUUAUUCCUCAGCAAAUACAUUGAAGUUCAAUUCAAUAAAAGUCCAUCGGAAGCAACAAUUUUAACGGGUCCAUUAACCAUUGCGGGUUCGGUAACCGGUCUUUUAGUGUCCGGAAUAGUUAUUAAACACUACCAGCCGGGACCAAGGAAAUUGUUCCUUUGGAAUUUUGCGGUCGGUGUGUUUAUCGUAUUGUGUCAACUUAGCUACACGUUUCUUAGUUGCGACCACUCAAGCGCAACAAUCUUAUCUGCAAACCUAACAACAAAAUGUAACAUGGACUGCUAUUGCGAUAAUGUAGCUUACAGUCCAGUUUGCUCUGUAAGAACUGGUUCAACCUUCUAUUCGCCAUGUCAUGCAGCGUGCAGUCAGUGGGACAGCGAAAAAAAGACCUAUUCAGGAUGUGGGUGCGCUACUCAGUCUCUGGAGGAAUAUGAGAACGGUUCAGCGAUUUAUAAAGAAAUAACAUUUGAAAGUGAUGCACAUCAGGUCGUUGAUGUGGAAAACAUAAUGAGACCAGGUCCAUGCUUGAAUGGUUGUGCGAAUACAUUUUACCUGUUUACUUUCAUCAUGUUUGCAGUGAAUUGGUUGGGUUCUACAUGUAAAAUUGGAAAUGUUCUUUUAACGUUACGCGUCGUUGCCGAAAAAGACAAAGCAUUUUCGCAAGGCUUAGCUCUAAUGCUCGUAUCACUAUUUGCACUCUCUCCUGGUCCCAUAAUGUACGGUUAUAUUAUCGACAGUUCCUGCUUAGUAUGGAAUUAUAGGUGCGAAAAUCGUGGCAGUUGUCAACUGUACGAUGCAGACCAAUUUCGAUAUAGGAUGAAUAUAACAGGAAUAUCACUGACUUUUGUGGGUGUCGUAUUUGAUUUUCUGGUUUGGCGUCGUGUAAAAAAUAUAAAAUUGUACAGUGAACCAGAUGAGAUUAAAUGUGGACGUGAUGUGGAAAAAUGAGCAGGAUCCGCUUGUCCUUCUUAGUUUAAUUAACGGAUGAUCAUACCAA